AUCGUUGCUGUCGCGUCGGCCAUUAUUGUUGCUGAGAAUGAGCGCGAACACCAAAAUUAAUAUUGAUACAAUACUUAUACUUGCAAUAUUUCACAACAAAAAUUCGCGGUUGAGACUUGCAAAAUUAAAUUUGUAUCCAGUUUUGGCAAUUUAGCAGUAAACGUCUAUUUCAAUAUUGAAAUUGCGCCUUUCUACUUGUGUAGGUAUAUAUCUUAUAUAUACUGUUCUCUCAAUGCCUUACCAGCACAUGUAUUUGUCAGUAGCAAAGUGCUUAUAAUGAAAGCACGCAGCUCGAUCGAUUAACGAAGUAAAGACUAAUUAAAUUAGUAUCAGUUAUGUUGAUAUUAAAUACUUUCACUAAAAAAUUCGAAUGUCUUUGCAAACGUGAACAUAUUAACAUUAUCAGACGUCUGCUAUCGGAGAAUCAGUGGAUAAAACGUAAGAUGCCUAAUGAAAAGAUACCACCUCAUCGGAGCGAUCCAGUUAUUAAAACACUGGAUUCGCCAGAAUUCAAGUCUAUUUUUACACCAGAACUGAAUACGUUAUCUGACAUAUUUAAAAGGCACAAUUAUGAAUUAAGAGUAGCUGGUGGAGCAGUGCGAGAUAUACUGAUGGGUAAACAUCCUAAAGAUUUGGACUUUGCAACAACGGCUACUCCUGUUGAAAUGAAGGAAAUGUUCACAAAGGAAGAGGUCAGAAUGAUUAAUUGCAAUGGAGAGAAACAUGGUACAAUUACAUCUAGGAUAAAUGACAAGGAAAAUUUUGAAGUCACUACUCUUCGAGUAGAUGUUGUGACAGAUGGACGACAUGCUGAUGUUGUAUUUACUACUGACUGGCUGCUGGAUGCAAGCAGAAGAGAUCUUACAAUUAACUCAAUGUUUUUGGAUCUAGAUGGAAAAGUGUAUGAUUAUUUUUAUGGAUACGAUGAUCUUAUGAAAAGAAGAGUAGCAUUUGUAGGGGAACCUGCACAGAGGAUAUGCGAAGACUUUUUAAGGAUCUUUAGGUACUUCCGGUUUUAUGGAAGAAUAGCAGAUGUCCCAGAUAACCACGAUGAAAAAACAAUCACUGCUAUUAAGGAAAAUGUCAAGGGUUUGGAGAUCAUUUCCGGAGAACGAAUAUGGAGUGAAUGGAGUAAAAUUUUGGCAGGAAACUUUCACAGAGAGUUAACUUUAAAAUUGAUAGAAUGUGGAUGUUCCAAAUACAUGGGUCUACCCGAAAAUCUCAAUUUGGAGCAUUUUAACAAAAUCUGUCUGAAUGCUCAGAAAAAUAAUGUAAAAUUGCGGCCUAUCUCUCUAAUAGCUGCUUUGUUACAUACCGAAGAAGAAGUGUUGCAACUAUUCAUGAGGCUCAGGUUUCCCAAUUUCGACAGAAACCUGGCUCUUUUUAUUGUACAACAUCGAGAAGAAAAGCUAUGCGAAAAUCCUUUAAAACCAUAUCAAAGGGUGGUACUAAAAACCAUAGGUAAGGUGUCAGAUGUACGAGAAUUCGUAAGUGAAUUAUUGAGGUACAAAGGGUCUCUAGAUCUGCUGGAAGAGUUUGAAAAAUGGGAUUCGCGUUUCCCGAUAAAUGGCGGUAUGGUGAAGCCCUACGUGGAAAAUCCCAAAGUAAUAGGCGAAGUAAUCAACAGAUUAAAAGACAUUUGGCUGGACAGUAACUGUGAAAUGCCUGUAGAAAAGUUACAGAAGCACAUACCAGAUAUUGCUGCAGAGGCAUCAUUGGAACACAAGGAAAGGGUAGAAAAAUUCAAAGCCGACAAAGAGAAAGGAAGAAGAGAAAAGAAGAAGUCGGUAUCCAAUUGAGUUUUAUUAACUUUUUAUGCUUACGUGGAGAAAUAAUGUUUCGUACGAGUCGGCUGUAAUUUUAAGAUUUUAUGAAUGUUAAGACAAGGUAAAAUAAACCGUUGUAUUUUCCGAAAA